GGAUGACUGCAACACGAGCUCAACUCUGACUGAUCUGACCGUUACUGAUAUGGCACUAAGAGAAUGGCAGGAUUGUGGUUCGAUGUUUGACAAUGUGAAGAGGAUCACCAUACAGGUAUGGUGCACGAUCAGAUGUGACGUCAUCCACAUGAUCCAUCUACCAUCAGCGAUUGAGUUCACCAUUCAAGCACGUGAGCCAAGGUAUUACCGGGCUUGUCUCCACGAUGAUUUCACUUCACUACCCAAUGCACUUUGCAAAGUCUCAUCUCAGCUUGUCAAGGUCACAUUCACAGAUCUCGACAUUGGUAACAAUCAGACCGAACGCAUCAUUCAAGCUUUCAGAUCAACAUACGAUCUCAAACAUCUGAGGAUCCUAAGAUUCAUACGAUGUGGGACUGAUGAGAGAUUAGAUCCUUCUAGUAUUGAUUCCGAUGGUGAACACAAGAUAACGGUGGAGAUGGUACAUGGCGAACCAUUUGGGUAAGUCCUAACACCUUAUUUUAUCAGACAUUUCUUUUUUCAAGAUUUUUAAUUCAGAUUCCAUCUCCACUCGUAUUAUGAUUUU